GUGUUUGCGGUGGUGGUGUUUUCCUGCAUCACCACUGAGGGCUACAUCAACCCCCCCGACAGCGCGGAGGCCAGGUGCAUCUUUAACCAGAAUGCCUCGGCCUGCCGCUACGCCGUGGGCGUGGGCGUGCUCGGCUUCCUGCUCUGCUCCGCCUUCCUGCUGGCCGACGCCUACGCGCCCUUCAUGAGCAGCGCGCCCGAGCGGAGGCACCUGUGGGGACGCACUCAGGACGUGCGCGCCAUCCCGCAGGACGCCGCCCGCGCCGCCAUCGCCUUCUCCUUCUUCUCCAUCGCCACCUGGGGCAUCCUGACCUACUUUGCUCUCGGCCGUUUCCGCCGCGGCGUGGCCGACGUUGCC